GGCUAAUUCGCUUACUCCUGUGUAGUUCAUAGUGAAAGCAGAGCAUUGGUCGUAGUUCAUGACCUUGUUAAGUGAUUAGGCUGAACGGUUUGUGUUGUUUUUUUUUUUUGUUUGCAGCAAGACUAUGCAGGUGGAAGAGAUAUUGACCAUUGAUGUGAAACCAGGGUGGAAGAAAGGCACAAAGAUCACCUUCCCAGAGAAAGGCAAUGAGCAACCCGGUGUGAUUCCAGCUGAUUUAGUCUUCAUCAUUGACGAGAAGCCUCACCCGGUCUUCACUCGAGAGGGUAACGACCUUGUAGUCACACAGAAGAUCUCACUCGUCGAGGCCUUGACCGGCUACACAGUGAGCCUGACUACACUUGAUGGUCGGAGGUUGACUAUCCCAGUCACCAACGUGAUCAGUCCCGAGUACGAGGAAGUGGUUCCAAAGGAAGGAAUGCCAUUGCAGAAAGACCAGACUAAGAAAGGAAAUUUGAGGAUCAAGUUCAACAUCAAGUUUCCUACAAGAUUAACCUCAGAGCAGAAGACAGGAGUGAAGAAACUCCUCGGCUGAGUUUUGAGUAUAAUCACCCACGUUACAGACAACAGAAGAGAGAGCCAGAGGAUCAAAGCUUCUAGAUGUACUGUUGUAAAUCACAGAGAUUGUGAUUAAAUAUACUGUUUGCGACCUUUUUUGAUCGAUUUGUACCAUAUGUACGAUUGAAUACCCCCCUAAUAAAUUUUGUUGCUUUUCCUAUAA